AUGAUGACCUCCAAGCCGCCGUCGCAGCCGAACAACCUGCCCUCAGCCACUGUGGCCCCGUCGCCUCGAAGACUGCGGAGAUUCCAGUCGCAUCAGACCCUGUCCUCGAAUUCCUCCUCCUCGUCCUUCGCUCAGCAGCAUCAUCCAACGCCCGCCCAGCAUGGCGCCGUUCGGGCGCCGCGAGAUUCAGCCCCGAACGAGCAGUCGCAGAAUAAUAAUGCCCCCCGACUGCGUCGAGUGAGAUCCAACAGCGAUGCGGCGAGCACUAAGAGCAGCACUGUGGCUCCUUCUACCGUUUCGACGAGUACGACUGCUACCACCGCUACCAGACCACGGCGCCCGCCGAGGAAGACCGGCUCCUCGGGCUUUCCCAUCAAGAGAUCCAACCUGGAGACGCUGCUGCGCGAAGGCCCAGCGGACGGGAAGAUCGCUGAGGCAUUGCAGGAGUUGAGACUGCUGGUGCUGUCGACGAGGGUGGACGCAGAUAGCGACGGGAUGUCGUCCUAUCGGAUAUACCUGUGGUUAGCUCUUCUGAACAUCCCCGCCUUGCCGACAGACGACUACCUCUCGCUGGUGCACCGGGGCCGCUCGCCGGCGUACAUGAAGAUCCGGAACGACACCUUCCGGACGCUCGCGACGGAUCCUCUGUUCAAGCGCCGCGUCACCGAGGCCAGUCUGAUCCGGUUGUUGAACGCCGUCGCGUGGAAGCUGCACGAUGCGCAGAAUGCCCAGGAGCAGUCGUCGAGGAGGCGCGAGCUCGACAGUAAUACGCCGACGAUCGAGGAGGAACCCACCGGUGCGACGACGGCCGGGCCCUGCGAAGGAGGCGCCAAGUCGGCCAUCUACGUGCAGGGCAUGAACGUGCUGUGUGCGCCAUUCCUCUACGCAGCCCGCAGCGAGGUCGAGGCGUUUGCUCUGUUCCACUACUUCAUCACCAAGGAGUGUCCCGGGUAUAUCCGUGGGGCGAUGGACGGGGUGCAUCGAGGGCUGCAGCUAGUGGACCGGUGUCUGGAGAUCGUCGACGCAAAACUUGCCAGCCAUCUCUUCUCCCGGGGCAUGUACGCGGAGCUGUACGCAUUUCCGUCGGUGAUGACGCUCUGCGCCUGCACGCCCCCGCUGCCGGAGGUCUUGCACCUGUGGGACUUUCUGUUCGCGUAUGGGCCGCAUCUGAAUAUAUUGUGCAUCGUUGCGCAGCUAAAUCGGAUCCGCGACACGAUUCUACAGAGCGAGAGCCCAAACAAAGUCCUGCGAAACCUCCCACCCCUCGACGCAGAGAAGAUAAUCGGCCUGACCGUUUCGUUUGUCCCGAAGAUCCCUGAAGAUCUCUAUGCGGAGUUGGUCGAGCACGCCAAGUAG